AUGGCUCGCCAAUUCACCCUUUCUUCUGGUUUUAAACUGAACUCGGGAUACGAGAUUCCCCUAUUAGGCUUUGGAGUCUUCAGAACCCCGCCAAGCGACACAAGCAUCGCGGUCCAGGAAGCCCUCAAAGCCGGCUACCGCCACAUCGACAGCGCAGCCUUCUACCAGAAUGAGGCAGCCUGCGCAGACGGCAUCAUCAAAUCAGGCAUUCCACGUGAAGAAGUCUUUUUCACUACCAAAGUACCACCGCAAGCGAUCUCAUAUGAGGGCGCAAAGGAAUCUGUGAAAAGAAGUUUAGGAAAGGCUGGCCAGUUGAAGUAUAUCGAUUUGGUGCUUUUGCAUGCCCCCUUUGGUGGUAAGGAAGGUCGAUUGGGAGCUUGGAAGGCGCUUGUGGAAGCCGUUGAGGCCGGGACGGUCAGGAGUAUUGGUGUUUCGAAUUAUGGUGUUCAGCAUCUCGACGAGCUAGAGAAAUACAUCAAAGAAACAGACGCAAAGCUCGGCAAGGGUAAAGGUGGAGUCCUCAGCGUCAACCAAAUCGAGCUUCAUCCCUGGCUCCAGCGCAAAGAUAUAAUCGACUGGUGCCAGAAACGAGGUGUUUUGGUCCAGGCAUGGGCACCAUUAGCGCAGGCGAAUCGUUGGAAUGAUCCGUCAUUGAAGGAUAUUGUUAAACGGACUGGGAAGACGGAAGCUCAGAUUUUGUUGAGAUGGAGUUUACAGAAGGGAUUCAAUCCUCUUCCUAAAUCUGUGACUCCCUCCCGUAUCGUGGAGAAUACCAAGAUUUUCGAUUUUGAGUUGUCCGAUUCCGAGUUGGCGGUAAUGGAGACGGAUGAGUAUGAUUAUCAUGGCUGGGAUCCUACAACAUCCAGCUUGUAA